ACUCCGGCCUUUUCUAGAGCUCCGACUUGCCGACCUGAUGAUCACCGAAGUCAUGAUUUUACAUAGUUUUUCCCAGAAGUUCCCAGAUGUCUUGAAAGCACCAAGAAACGCCACACUAGCUCGCGCUGACGUCAGCCAGCCUUCCCUGCGAACAGACGGAGCCAGGGUGAUGUGUAGGAAUGUACAGAAACUUUUUCCUUGAACAGUUUGUGUACUAGUACUUCGAUAAUAUUGACCGAGUACCGACAGGGAGUGGACACAUAUAUACGGUAAGGUCAACAGCCCUGUCAGCAUGGCUUCUCAGACGGUGUAUCCAAUGGGAUUGGUCAUGUUCUCCACCUCAGUUGGCAUGCCCAUGGCGGAGGAUGCCCAGGGGUUGGCUGAGCUUCCACACAACGAGCUGCCGGCCCCGCAGCUGGUCAUGCUCGCCAACGUAGCAUGUGAAAACCCAGCAGAAGGGAAGGAGAUGAUGGAGCUUCAAACCGUCGGCAGCUACUCCGAUAGUGAAGACGAGAACAUCAUCCGAUACAGUUACGAUAGCCAUGAGAGAGAGAUGUGUAUCGUAGAAUACCCAGAGUCUCCACGGGCUGCCCUUUCCCAGGUUGAGGCGAUAGAUGAGGAGGAAGAAGGGAUUGACCUGUCCAAACCCUCUGACCAGCGCCCUUUUAGCCCUUCCACUCCUACCACCCCUUCUACACCUCUGGGCAUGAUCAUGGAGUCAGCUAAGAAGAAGAAACCUUUCUUCUGUAAACCCUGCAACUACCAGGCCCAGUGCGAGGAGGAGUUUGUAACCCACAUCCAAAUCCACAGCGCCAAUAGGAUGAUYGYRGUGAAACGCRUGGWGGGGGACAAGGCACGGGMRAAAGAGACKUCGGCKGGACCAGAUCAAGAGGCGSAGAGCGGUGAURGYGGGGCCAACAACAAAGGGSUGAUCCGCUGUGAGCGCUGCGGCUACAACACCAACCGCUACGACCAUUACAUGGCUCACCUCAAGCACCACGAGAAGGAGGGCGAUGACCAGAGGGUCUACAAAUGCACCAUCUGCACGUAUACGACCGUCAGCCAGUACCACUGGAAAAAGCACCUCAGGAACCAUUUCCCCAGUAAGCUCUUCACCUGCAACCAGUGCAGCUAUUUCUCGGACCGUAAGAACAACUACGUGCAGCAUAUCCGCACUCACACAGGGGAGCGUCCUUUUCGAUGUCCGUACUGUGAGUACUCAAGCUCCCAGAAGACCCAUCUUACCAGGCAUAUGAGAACACACUCGGGUGAAAGGCCUUUCAAAUGUGACCGCUGCAACUACCUGGCUGCCAAUCAGCAUGAGGUGACACGCCAUUCCAGACAGGUUCACAAUGGACCCAAGCCCCUAUGCUGCCCCCACUGCCAAUACAAGACGGCUGACCGCAGCAACUACAAAAAGCAUGUGGAGCUCCACCUCAACCCGCGUCAGUUCCUUUGCCCUGUCUGCAAGUAUGCCGCUUCCAAGAAGUGUAACCUACAAUAUCACAUCAAGUCUCGACACCCUGGCUGCCCACAGAUCGCAAUGGAUGUGUCAAAGGUCAAGCUGCGUGUCAAGAAACCUGAUUCUGAUGAAUUCACAGAUGAGUACAACAUGGUGAAUGGAACAGCAAAGUUUGAGCUGUCAGCAAUUGAUGGUGAUGAGGAGGAAGGACCAGAGAUCUCUGGAGCUGAUAAACAAUCAAGCCCUAUCAAUCUCUCGACCAAGAGCAGCAAACCUAGCCCUGUUCAAGCACUAGAAAGCAUGGAAACGGACAAGACCCCCAAGAAAUGUGACAACUCUCCUGUCAAAGAGACCAAGAAGAGCAGCAGAACUAUCCCUGUUCAAGCAGUAGAAAGCAUGGAAACGGACAAGACCCCCAAGAAAUGUGACAACUCUCCUGUCAAAGAGACCAAGAAGAGCAGCAAAACUAGCCCUGUUCAAGCAGUAGAAAGCAUGGCAAUGGACAAGACCCCCAAGAAAUGUGACAUCUCCUCUGUCAAAGAGAUACCUAAAAAGGCAAAGGACAAGGCAGAGAAAAAGGUAACACUGAAACGCAAGAGUACAGAGAUGAACAGUGAGAAUACAAAGCAGAAUGUUACCCUGAAGGAGAGUGGGAAGGAGACAGCAGUUGUGGUUGAAAUAGCAGGCAAUAAAGUUAAGAGAAGUCCCAAAAAACAGAUGACUGGGAAAACAAGUGUUCAGGAUAAGACCGAAAUAAAGGAAAAAGUUCAAAAGGCGGGUUUGGAAGAGGACAGUAUUGAGAAAGACAAAUCAGUCAAGGAGAGGUUAGAGAAAGACAUGCUAGAGAGGGAGAAUAUGGAGAAAGCGAAGGAGGAAAACAAGACGCUGGAGGAGGAGAAAAAAGAGCAGCUGAAGACACUGAAGAAUGAGAAAGAAGGAAAAGAGAACAAAAACGCAAUAAAAUCUCAGAAGAGUACUUCCAAAAAAAUUGAGAAAGUGGUUGAAAAGACUGUUGAAAACGCUCCCCAAAGUCUGGAAGCACCAGUGAAAAAACAAAAAGAGAAGAGCAAGACGAAGCCAGUGAAGAGAAAAACUACAGAGGCCUUGGACUUAUCAAUGAAGGAAUCUCCUGAUGAGUCCUGCACCAACAUUAAGGCCAAACGGUUGAAAAUCAAGACUGCUGACAAGUCACAAACAAAAGCCAGUACCCCCCGAGGCAAAACUACUGAGCCUUGCACAGCGUCCGAGCAGAAGGACCCAGUAGACCAGAUGAUGUACUCGCCUGUAGUGAAAAAGCUGAAAAGGAGCAACAAGAAAAAAGCAAGCCCUGGAGAGACCGAGGCUUCCAGUGAGAACAAGGUGUGUUCCAUCAUUGAGAACCCCUUUAGCCCCCCUGAAAGCAAAACAUGUCCUGCCACAGAGCUUCAGCCAACAGUUGUACAGGAAGAGCAGCAGGCAUCUGACCAGGAGACUGUCCCUGCUAUGGAUACAUCUACUGGGCAGAACCCGGCAGAAGAACGGCCCAGUAAUGGGGAAAACAACCUUGCACGGCAAAAUGUAUCCCCAACCAAGGACACAACCCCACGGGCUGAGCAGGCUGAGGUCGCCGACAAAGCAGAGGAAACUCCUACUCCUGAAGGCUUCAGCAGCGCCGACGAGUCCCCAUCUCCCAUAGAAAGUGACGUCUCUCGCGAUUUCAGACGGGCACAGGGAGAACCAUCAACACCAACAACACCCUCCCUGGAGCUCCCUAGGCCAAGAGGAAAGCCUACUGAAACCGAGGAGGACGAGGGCAUCCACAGCCAUGACGGAGGAAGCGAGAUCAGUGACAGCGCCUCGGAGGGCAGUGACGAUUCAGGGCUCAACGGGCUGGCGGCAGCCGCCGGUAAACUGGCCAAUGACCCUGAAACUCCCACAGAAGAGAUUCCGACUCCAACUGACCUCAAGAGUCACAUGUGCGUCUUCUGUGACCGUAGCUUCCCCUUGGAGGCGGAGUUCCGUCGGCACCUGAAUCGGCACCUGGUGAAUGUGUAUUAUCUUUGACAAUGCUUCCAAGCCGGACAAGUGAGUGCCUGCAGAGCAGGGAGCUUUGAUUCCAGCGGUGUAUUUUGCUUGACCCUUUCCCCCUGUUAUAAAACAUAUGUAUAGUUGUCUGUGUCAACAUAUUAACAGUAGAUAUUCAGUUACCUUGCAUUAGUGCUCACGGUUACUGCUGUAUAAAAUAUGAAUAUUCUAUGGUAUGCCUAAAACUAUCUGACCGUCUUUGUAAUACCAGCUUUAGGCAGACUAGUUCAUUUGAUAAUUGGUGUCUGGGCUUUCACGUAUUGGUUCCCAGACCGUUUGACUAUAAAUUCUACAGUUCUUGUUUUCAAACAGAAAUCAGAGAGGAUAUGUGAGUUUACACCAUGUGAGGUCGAAAACCUAAUGUUCAUGGUUUGGCAUUUGGCUGAGAAAUUAUGAAAAUAUGGGAUACAAUUUUUUUUUGCUUGUUAAUCUCGUAUGGUUAUGCAACUAACUAAAAGCGAACCAUUCUGUAAUAGCGUUGUAUAUACAAGUAACUGCCAAAAUAAAGGUGUUGGGCUACCACAAGCUGCCAUAACAGCUUCAAUGCGUUUUGGCAUAGAUUCUACAACUGCCUGGAACUCUAUUGGAGGGAUGCGACGCCAUUCUUCCACGAGAAAUUCCAUCAUUUGGUGUUUUCUUGAUGGUGGUGAAAAAUUCUCUCUCAGAUACCAUUCCACAAUCUCCCAUAAGUGUUUAAUUGGGUUGAGAUCUGGUGACUGAGACAAAAACACUUUAAACCCCCUAUGCUGCUUUGAUACCCCUCUUUAAAAUCACUGAGAUCUCUUCUAGCCAUGGUAGCCAAAAUAAGGGGCAACUGGGCAUUUUUAUACAUGACCCUGACCCUAAACAUGAUGGCAUGUGGAUUGCUUAAUUAACUCAGGAAUCACACUUGUGUGGAAGCACCUGCUUUCAAUAUACUUUGUAUCUCUCAUUUACUCKAGUGUUUCCUUUAUUUUGGCAGUUACCUGGAUUUUGCAUAAUGGUUGAUAUUCAAGAAAUCGCUACACCUUUAUUUUAGUUCACAAACCGGUUGAGUUUUCUACAGAAGAACCCACCAAGAGAUGAGUUGUACCCGUUGUUUUAAUCCAUCAGCCCGUUGAAGAACAACCGUAAAUCAAUUAUGAAAGGAAGUGUUACACUUUUUCAAUGAAGAACCAAAGAAACCCUAGGGAGACAAGAUUAGAAGGACCCAGGUGGUCCAUGCCAAAUAACCCAGAGAAUAAUGGCGCUCUCACUCCUAUUGUGCGAGUCCACUCCAGUGAAGCGACCUGUCUCCGAAAUGGGGACCAUUUAGGGAGCACUUGACAACUACUUUGAUUUCUUUAUUUUAUUGAUAACAUCAAUAGAUAAUAAAAAUAAAAACAUUGUAUACAUCUUAUCAAUCUGUACAAUGGACUAACUAAUCUCUUCAUCACAAAAACUUUAUAGGUGUUAAUUGCCAUGACUCAUGACUCUUAGUCGAAUUUAUGAAAUGGGGCGAGGUUUCUUUGGGUUCAUCUGGCACAAGUGUGUAUAGAAUUGUUUCUUGCGUUAAUGUUUGAAUUAUGUUGUCACUUUUUGUAUAUCCAAGUACAUUUAGUCAUACAAAAAGAAAACUCGUACUACUCAUUAACAAAUGCACAACUAAUAUGGGAGGUAGGGUGUUACUGGCCCUUGACAUUUAUAGGCCUAUAGAACUUAAGAUCAGGAUGAACAGGAUACUAUGUUGCUAUCACUGAUAGAGAAUGGACCGCUAACAUUGAAAACAAGUUGUGAAAUGGAUGUUUGUGCACACAUCUGAAACUUUGCCAUUAUCAGUUUUGUGUUUGAUUUCAGAAAAUGUCCAAAGAUUAUUUUUUUUUACAGUUGAGCCUGUGAAGAUACCGGUAGUUCUACAUUCUUUUUUUUGCCUUCGACAAUCAUUAUUUUCUGAUUUUGUUUUGAUGUUUUUGCAUAUUAACAGUGUAGCUUUGUUAAUUGAGUCACAUUUUCCUACAGUAAGAGGUCUGAUUUCAAUGAUAUUGUUGUUAUACUGUCUAACUUUAUAACCAUUCCUUGGAAGUUUAGUUGUAACUGUUUGAUUACUCUGCAGAUCGAACCCAUCAACUUGAUUUCUGCAGUUAUCACCCCACUCAUCUGUUUUACAGAAUUGUGCCUCCAAAGCUUAGCCUGUUUGUGCCAUCAGUGAUAUGCUUCUUUCAUCUGCAUCUAGCUGUGUUCUAUUGAGGUGAUUGAUAGACUUAGCUAAUAAAAAUGCCAUGUGUACUCUUAGUAAAUUCAGUGCAAUAUUGUGUUUUGGGUAUGAUGCCAAAGUGAGAAAGUAUAGAAAUUUAAAGACUUAUGUUUUGAGUUUGACUAUUGGAAGGCAUAGAAUAGUACCAGGGUUCCCUGGAAAACUGGUCGAAUUUAGCCCGAUGCACUCUUAUCUAGACGGUUAGAUUCCGUGUCACUGUAAAUGAUCAAUUUUUUUGUUGUUCACUUCCUGUUUUGUGCUUUUUAGUUGAUAGGAAAAGUUGUUCAUUCUUUGUAACCAUUUUUCAUUCACAUAUUGUGUAAUCAUCUGUACCGUAAAACUUCCAAUUAAAUGCAGUCUCAAAUAGC